CAAAUCAUCAACAAUUCGUUUGCGGCUUACAGAUUUUCUACAAUUUUUAAGUUAUUUUCUCAAGAAUUCACUCAAAAAAACUCGUUAAAAAAAUGGGAGUUGAGGAUUUUGCCAUGGAUACGACGACAUCGAAGCAAGACAAUGACUUCAGCAAAGAUGUCGACGAGAAAUUAGAGUCUUUUAAAGGGCUCGAUGUCAAAACCAACUUCAUUACGAUCCUCGACGGGCUCUAUUCCUUGGAGAAAACGACUCGUUUGGGAGGGGAUGCGAUCAGCACUGGUCGAGUCCUCGUCGCUAUCGUGCAACUUUGUUACAAUGCCGAGAAUUGGAACGGUUUGAACGAAAAUAUCCUGGUUUUCGUGAAAAAAAGGUCGCAACUCAAGCAAUCCAUUGUCGCAAUGGUACAAGAAGCCAUGACUUUCAUCGAUCGCAUGCCAAACAAAGAGGAGAAGCUGAAACUUAUCGAUACGCUUCGCACGGCAACCGAAGGAAAAAUUUACGUUGAGAACGAACGGGCGAGAAUUAGCAAGAUUUUGGCGGAGAUCAAGGAAAAAGAUGGCGAUAUCGCUUCCGCUUCGAAAAUUUUGGAGGAAGUUCAAGUCGAUACUUUCGGAACGAUGGAAAAGAAGGAAAAAGUCGAAUUUAUUCUCGAACAGAUGAGAUUGCUGAUCGAAAAUGAGGAUUUGAUUAAAGCUCAAAUCGUGGCGAAGAAAAUUAAUAUAAAAUUUUUCGCGGAUAACCAAAAUGUCGACUUAAAAUUCAAAUAUUACGACUUGAUGAUCCGCAUGGAUUGCGAUUCGUCGUUCAUUCGCACUUCCCGGCAUUAUCAAGCGAUGGUCGAUACCGAUUUGGUGUUCCAAACGACGGAGCGUCGGCAAAAAAUGAUGGUUUGUGCGAUUUUGUACUGCAUUUUGUCGCCCUAUGACAACGAGCAGAACGACAUGAUGGAACGUUUGGCAAAAAAUAAAGUUAUCGAGGAAAUUCCCGUCUACAAGCACUUGUUGCAACUUUUCCUCUCGAAGGAACUCAUCGAUUGGAACAGCUUGAACAACCAAUACAAGGCCGAACUUCUCACGUUGCCCGUUUUUGACACCAACACCAAACACGGCAUCAAAUGUUGGAAGGAACUUCGUUCGCGUGCCAUCGAAUACAACAUUCGCAUCAUUUCGAACUACUACACGCGAAUCUACUUGAACCGCUUAUCCGAGUUGCUGCUCUUGAACGAAUCCGAAACGGAGAAACAUUUGUCGAAUUUGAUUGUUGCUGGAACGAUUAAAGCGAAAAUCGAUCGUCCUUCGGGUGUUGUGAAUUUCGCUGUGCAUCGCGAUUUGAAUGAGAAACUUAAUUUGUGGUCGAACGGAUUGAAGGACUUGAUGAAUUUGAUCGACAAAACGUCGCAUUUGAUCGAGAAGGAGCACUGUGUGCAACAAGCCUUGUUCCAAAUGGCGGAUUAGAAGUUUAAUUUUUUUUUGUCUUUGAGCUAAAUAUGAAUAAAAAAUGAGAAAAUGCAAAAUUUUUCA